GCCCUAUUGGUCUUAAAUAAGAUUUUAAAACUUGGUUUUAAUCCACUGGAUCAUUGAAUUCACUGGAUCAGGAUGUUAGUAAUCCUAUCUAGUUAUCAGUUUAUGCUGUUUCAUGUUUUGCUUUUAGAUUUUGUGGAGUUUUGGAGAAGUUAUGAAGUUUUAAUUUUAUGUCAGUCCCUCAGAGUUGCAUACACAAACAAAAAAAAAUAUUAAUGUCCUGAUUUGGACCUUCGAUGCAUCCAGAUUUAAAUUCAGAAAUACAGUAAAAAGCAUGGAUGUCCAACCUUUUGGCUUGCCUGGGCUGCAUUGAGUGAAGAGGAAUUGUCUUGGGCCACAUAUAAAGUAUAUAAUAUAGUUGAUAAACAACAAACUUUCUUUAAAAGUUUACAAUCUUAUGGGGUUGUGUAUCCAGCUCGAGAAGCCAAAUAAAACUCCAGAUUCAUUCCGUUUCUGAAAAUCUUACUGUUUAUUGAAUACACUGCAUGGUAAUGUUGAAGCAAAACUAACUCCGAGGUUCAUAGAAUUAAAUAAUAAUUUUUCCAGCCAAACCCCCAGCCUCUCAAGUAGUCCAUGUAAACAAUUUCACUUUGUUAUGGGAACCCUCUUCUUCCUCUCCACACCUGCUGUGGUAUCUUUGGAAAGGUUUCAGGCUCUCACGGUCUUCAGCAGAAUUGUAGGGGUUUUGUUUCUCCAUCUAACCCACUCUAAAGCAACACCUCCCCCCCUUACUCUAAUGGCAAGUUGAAAUGAAGAGGCACAUAGCUGUCAAAGUUUCAUUCUUCACACUGCGUUACUAACUGCAAGUGGCUUGUAGACCAUGGGUUGGACAUGCCUGGAAUAAAGUUAAGCUAUUGUUACUAUAAACUAUUCUCUCAACAGUUCUGUCAACUAUUAUUGUAGGCUAAUGUUUAUGUCUGUUUUUAUAAAAAAGUAGUCAUACUUUUUCUAAUGGUAUUUAAAGGUGUCAAAAUAACUGUCCUCAACUGGACACCACUUAAAAAAAACAAUUUCACGUCUAAGUCUUCAGUGUUUCACUAUGAUCUGGAAGUCCCAUGAAACUCAGUGUAGCUCUUAUGUCUCAUUAUACAUGUGAAAAGAUUGACCUGUAAGCCCUGCUUGAUUGUGUACUUUGACAACUGAUUGUGUCCUUAAUAACCAAAGCUGUAGCAUUUUAACUCAUAUAUAAAUUCCUAAAAUAAAAUGGUAAAGUUUUCAGAUUAUUGAACAAUGUUUUGUCUAUGAGUCUGAAUGAAAGUUCAGCAUGAUUUUGUUUAAGAAACAGAUUAAAAAGAAUGCCAAUUUUCAGUGAAGUAAAGUAGGAAGCACUUACAGAUUCAGCUAAAAAAUAGAGUGAUUUUGGCAAGAAGAAUUCAUAGUGAUUUCAAGGUUGCAAUUUUUCAGUAAUAUUUAUGAAGGUUAAUUGCUUUUCCUUUUUACAAACUAUAGAUUACCCAAGAAUCAGACUGAUAUUCUGGGGAUUGGGUCAAUAACUCUCAGUGUCCUCUUCAGACUGCCCUAAAUAUUUUUUUUCCUUGAGGCAAAAGCCAAGAUGGCACCAUCCACAACCAUCUCUGUUUUCAAAUCAAUGCCAUUGUCUGCUCUCCUAUAUCUGCUUUUUGAGAUGGUUGCUUCAUGGUGCCUAAUGGUUGGGGCAGGUUUCCAUGGAUAAUAGUGAACAACUGAUACAAAAGAAAAACAACUCUAUUGAUUUAGAAAGACAGGAAGGGAUAAUGUUUAAGCCGUAUGAUAUGUUUUUUAUCUCUGAUUUGGAAGAGGGAGUGAAGAAAUAAUAUAUAUUCAUUAAUAUUCAGUGAAAGAAAUCUAAAAACAAUUUCCCAAUUUUAGAGUUAAUUAAUAAUGCAAUUUUAAGACUUUGAAAACUAUAUUUAGAUUAGCUGAAAUAUAUACAGAAAUUAUGGAAAUAAAACAGUAUUACUGAAUGGGAAAAAUACAUUUGUUUUUUAGAUUAUCCCAAUAAUAUUACCAAAGAUAGUAUGACACAUUGGGCAUUUUUGUACAAAAGGAAGAUGAAAUCUUCUCUCACAAUUUUUUCCCUCAUAGAUCUUGGUUUUAGAAAGUAUUUGCAAGCUAAUUUGCUGAGGAAGUUGUUUGAUUCCUGAGUCACUGCAGGAAUAACAACUGAGCUUUGCCUCUGUUUUAUAUACUGAGUCCUAUAUUCCUGAACAGCUUGGAAGAAACUGUUUUCCAUUUCCAAUUAACUGUCAAAAAAGUGCAGAUGUAUACACCUAUUUUAUGCUUUUAUCUAAACAGUUAACCUUAGGAGCCAUUUUAUGUAUAUUCGACAGUUAAACUAGGAAUGCUUGUUCCCCCCCCUUUCUUUGGAGUAUCGAUCUCGCUCCAUUUAUAAUUGCUACUGAUGGUAAAGAAAUGUCCCUCCCCCCCUUUCAAAAUCUCAUGUAAGAUCCUUAAGAUCUCCUUCUUUUGCUUGCAGGAGUGCGUUUGGAUCGAGUGCGUGGAGGCCGCCAGAAGUACAAAAGAAGACUGGACUCUGAAAGUAGUACUUAUCUGAGCUUACAGAUUUCCCCUCCAGCCAAAAAACCAUAGCCAGAGAAGAUUUAUGCUAUGCCUGACCCUACCAUGCCGGAAAGUGACAUCAAAGCGCUGACAACGCUCUGUGAUUUGGCAGACAGAGAACUUGUUGUGAUCAUUGGCUGGGCAAAACAUAUCCCAGGGUUUUCUAACCUUUCUUUGGGAGACCAGAUGAGCUUACUGCAGAGCGCCUGGAUGGAAAUCCUCAUCCUGGGUAUUGUGUAUCGCUCAUUACCUUAUGAGGAUAAACUGGUCUACGCUGAAGAUUACAUCAUGGAUGAGGAACAUUCACGUUUGACGGGGCUCCUGGAGCUCCAUUUGGCCAUCCUGCAGCUGGUGCGGCGGUACAAAAAGCUGAAGGUGGAGAAGGAAGAGUUUGUCACUCUGAAGGCCCUGGCUCUUGCCAACUCAGAUUCAAUGCACAUAGAGGACAUGGAGGCAGUGCAGAAACUACAAGAUCUUCUCCAUGAAGCCCUUCAGGACUAUGAGCUGAGUCAACGUCAUGAGGAACCGCGACGUGCAGGAAAGCUGCUGCUGACCCUGCCUCUCCUGCGACAAACAGCUGCCAAAGCUGUGCAGCACUUCUAUAGCAUCAAACUGCAAGGCAAAGUCCCCAUGCACAAACUCUUCCUAGAGAUGCUUGAGGCCAAGGUCUGACAUGCCCAGCCCCACCUGGAGAGCCCAGGAAACACACUGGAAAGAGAAGCAGCCGUGGAGGAAACCAAAAAUGGCAGCUGUCUUUUAUUUUCAAUCAUUUACUGUGGAGGAAUUAUUUAACAUUCAUCCGGCAGCCUGCCAUCUGAAGAUUAUCAUGUACAGAGAUGGAAACUCUUUUAAUCAAUUUUUUUUUUUAAAUUUGUGGGAAAUUGGCAACUAAGCUCUUGCACUUGCAGAGGGAACCAAGGAAGAUUUGGAGUCCUUGAGCAGUGAUGCUCUUUGCACUAUCUAGGGCAGCUGAUUCCUAGCUUUUCCCACCUUCUAGUGUGGAGAUCUGAAGCAGGAAAUGAUGGGGUAAAAAAAUACAGCAUUUAUAGCAUGGUGGUAUGAGAGGAUUUUUUUUUAGAUGUGGGCAUCAGUGGACCUGGCACUUGAUACGAUGUUUCAAGGCAGAGGCCCAUGUGCCAGUAGCUUCUUUUGAAAGAAGCACCUUCAGUCCAAAUUCAAGUUAUUUGUAAUGUGUACAUAGAGGCCUAUUUCCUACUGGGAAGAGCAAGUGUGACUGUGUAAGAUAUUCUGUGAUCUUGAGCAUCUGGCUUUUCCUAUUCUUGUGCAAUCAGAACAUUCUCAGUGGUAGUUGCUACGCAAGCUGGAGAUAAAGUACGUUCUGGGGAGAGGAAGGUCUUAUUGUUUCAAAGGAUGCAGAGAGGACAAACCCAGACCCUGUCUUAUUCCAAAGUUUUUUCCAGCACAAUUCUUUUCUUCUCCUCUAUGUGAUAUUAUUUUAAAAACCUCUACCUUCCUUCUUUCUUCUACACCUGGCAUGAAUCUCAGGACUCAGACUGCUCACAACAAUCAAGACAGAACGAAAAAGUAUCCUGAACUAGGGCUUUUGUUCAGCUCUUUCAGCAAAUCCUGAUAUUAGAUAGAUCCUUUGAUGGAUUAGGAAAAAAUAUCUCAAUAUCUUAAUAUGGACUCAUGUUCCAUAUUAAGGGAAUUAUAUCCAAUUCCUUAAGGGAGAUAUUUAAUACUUAUUCUCUCAGUACCUUCUUUUAUUCUUUAGCCGUUUGCUUGAAUCCAACCUAAACAGCUGAGUGUAGGGAAAUAAAUUAUUCUUCAUGCUGGGCCAAAGCCAGCAGUACUCGGGGAUGGUUUUUUUUAUCUCUUUCUUUCCACCGCAAUCCCACUUCCUAGAAAACUGCCAUUGGGAGGACAGAUAGCUCUUGCCACAGAUUUGAUCACAAGAUGGAAAGGCGGACAUUGUCCAGCCUCUACUUUACGUUAGUUGCAGACCUAACUCUCAGCUCUUAUAAAUGCCAGGUUAAAAUCUGCUGGUAUGUUUUCCCUCACCAGGAGAGAGGUGGUAGAAGUAGAGCCUCAGGGUCAUCAAAAUUGUCUUCCAAGUUGACCUGGGUCCAGAUUAUCCCUUUGGGAGAUUAAUUGAAUUUCAUCAAAUCGUCCCCUGGAGCCAAAGGCACAGCUAAAUCUUUACUCCUGAUUUGUACUAUUUCAACAGAAGGCGAUGGUAUUUGGGUUUGUGUUUUCAGACACUUUUUGAGAUCCAGCAAUUAAUUAAAGGGUUAAUUACACUCAAAGAGCCAAGGUAACAAAACAAAUGAAGUUGAUUUAGAAAAGGAGUUACCAAAAACAAAAAACCUACCACAUACACACUCCAAAACCCCAAUAAAAGCAAUAAAAUACAAUAUGGGGGAGCCUAUUGCCAAGAGGAUGUUAUGUAUUUUCUUCCCAUCUACUUUCCAUAGAUAAUGAGAAAAUAGGCUUUAAUCUUUGUAUUCUUAACUAAUCUCUGCUAUUUUGAGAUUCUAAUCCAAAGGAUUUUUUAAAAUAAGAUAAAGAGGGGAAAACAAGAGAAAACCCAGUUGUGCAAAAUGUUCUUCAUUUCAUUUGAUCAUAAACAAACUACUGCUAUGCUACCCAUAUGCAGCUAUUUGUGGCCAAAAUCCAUUAAAAUAGUAGAGUCUUGUUAUAUUGUCCUGGCAGUUUUGUUUGGGGAAGUAUAAACCUCACUUGCGGAGGAAUGGCAAACAAUGCUGAUUCAUUCUUACUCUUCAAAGUUUGUAAAUUCAUUCCUCUCUUCACAUAGGAUGGAGAGAGUGAAAAGAUCUUCCCACAGAAUUUCAGUGUGUUCCCUUACUACAUCUAUUGUCCUAACAACAGUAUUCUCCAAGACAGCAAUCAUUGGUAGAAGAAAAAAAGACUACCUGUUUCUCAUAUAGAAAUUCCCAGGUGUAUCCUUUGGUGCAUCUGUUUGCAGAUGUAAAAGUCCUCUGAGGGAGAUUUUUUGAGAGUCACUGCCAAAGAUUAGAUGCUGGGUCAACUGAACCAAUAGUCUGAUUUCAUAGGACAGUUUCUUUGUUCAUGACCUGAUGUUACAGACAUGGUUUAAAUUUCAGUUGGGAGGUACAUUUCAAAGGCACGUCCAGGAAAUAUUCCUUCUUGUCACUUAGGGAUAAUAAUAAUAAAAAAAAAUCUAACAGGAAGUUUAAUGCAGAAACUAUAAUUUUUUGUUCCUGCACUGAUGAAACUAUGAUUUGCUUCACAAGGUGUUUUAAGCCACAAUUUCCUUCAUUCUAUGUUGAGUAAAUCUGAGUUUAAAUAACUUGAUCAUAUGGCAUUUUUAAAGCAAAAGCAAACAAGUCGCAUUAUGAUUUAGUACAAUGUGUGAACCUAUUUUUUCAUUGUACAUAACCUGCAGUCAUUUGUAAGCUCUUAAAAUCUCUUCACCUUAAAUUUAAUUCCUAGUGACGUGAUGAAUGCCUUCUCCAUAGUUUUCUUAGUAGUAAUAUGGAAGUGGCUUUUUUUUUUUUUGUCUUCCAGUCUAGUCUACAAUUCUGGGAUUUGCUGGGGAUCUGAUAUCCAGCUACUUAUCACAUUUGAUCUUAAAUCAUCUUUGAGAUCACUUAAGGUUGCCUAGCCCUGCAACUAAUUGGGGCCAUUCUUAACCUACCCAGACCCACAGGUUCCAGCAUCCAAUCAUCAGUAACAGCAAAAACCCUGACUCUGACAUAGAAGAAAACUGGGCCCACAUCUUUGAGCCAUCUAGAAUAUAGUCUACUGAUGUACAAUAUAAUUUAGAAGAAAUGUAGAUCCUGUUUCUCUGCUAUUCAUGGGCCCUUUCGGGAUCAUUAAAGCCCACAGCUGCAACACUGCUAAAUAGAUCAUAUAAUAUUCAGUGGAUGUAAGAGAAUGAGAAAAAGAAAUGCAUUUUCCUUCUUAUUUGUAGGUGAUUCAGUCUGGCUUAUAUAAGCUAUAAGGAGGCUUUUGCAGCAUAUGUUUUGGUUUAGCAUGAUCAGUCGUGUCCCAAAGGAAGACUACAAUAAUCUACCACAGCAGCAGUUUAUGGGUGUGUGUGUAAAUACCCUUAACAGCAAUAGAGUUUAACAAGAACUCUAACAAGCAAUCCCAUCCGGAAGUGUAUUUGUGAAUGUGCAAAUAUAUUUUUUGUUCUUUACAGCAGUUUAAACAAUCUUGAAUAUACAGUGGGUUAAGUGUGGGGAAAGUCUCUUAAGUACAAGAAUGGUUUGUUAUCUGCAAGUACAAUUAUAGCUUCCCUGGAGUAGGCAAUUCUGAAAUCUUAUCCAAAUGCUAAUCCAGGAUUAGUUUAGGACAAGGCAUGCAGGUAAGUGCCCUCAUUAGGAUAUAGUGAUGACGCUAGCAAAAGUCUGCACCUUCCCAAAGAGGUGUAUUCUUCUUCUGAGCCUGCACCUAAAUCCUGUGAUGUACUCUCUCCCUUCCAAAGCUUUGCGUAUUUAUACACUGACAAUAGUUGUCUGUGAAACAUAACCUUUUGUGUGAGCCCCGAAGGCAACAGAUGCUGCUCUUAUUUUACAUUCCUCUCUGGAAAUGGAGACCUCUGGCCUUGAAUGGAAAAAAAAAAAUCACUCCCUCGUUUUCAUGGGGAUCAAUUCAGAUCUUUCAUUCCACUUGUAUCUGAGAAAUAAUGGGCAUUACUUUGGAGUGGAAUGUAAAGGAACUUCAAGCCCCCAGCCAAACAAUAUUGUUUAUGCCAAAUAAGGGUUAUUGUAUUGUUCUUCAUAACUAGAUGCCCAUUCUGAAGUUGUUAAAAGUGUAUUUUGAAAGCAAGCUAAAACAACUCCAAAAGAAAAGGGGAAAAGGUGUGUGUGUGGGGGGGGAUUAUAAAGAAAGACUGAAGAAUGUAAAUGGUUGAAUUUUUUACACGUCUGAGCUGAGUUUCCAACUUGUAGCCAUUCUUUAAUGAAUGUGGCCCAAACUAGGUUCAGCUCCUAUAGCCUGAUGCUUAAGAGACACCCCUCCCCCCAAAAUGGGAAGCUUGUGCAAAUUUAAGCAAGAUGUCACAGUUCAGAAGCAAAAUCAACAAUAUCUACUCAAUUACUAUUCUCUUUGGGGGGAGAAAAAGGCCCUGUUUAAAUAUAAAAAAAAUGUAUUCUUGUGCUGCAGAUAAUUUCAAACAAACUGAGAAAUAAAACAAUGUACAAAGAAAA